AGGGCCAGAAGGGAACUCGCUCUGAUUCCCACCCCCAGAAGAAAGGAGGCUGCGUGGGUCAGACGCGCUUACCCCGCCCACUGCAGAGGGCCCUACAAGUGCCUCCUACUGCAGCCCCAGAGCUCUGCAUGUCAGAGGGAGCCCCGUGCCGCAGCCAUGGUAGCCCAGUACCUUCUACUCCUUGCUUUUGUGCUGGUCUUGGCUGUCCCAGGCCUCUCCGUGCCUGCAGAAAUCCUAAACACUUUCGAGAAAACCUCCAACACUUUGGCAAACGCUCUGAAGAAAAACAGUUGGCCCGAGGACUGCAGUGAGAUCCCUCCUGGCAGCCCCAGCGGCGUCUACAUCAUCCAGCCCUCAGGGCUCCACCCCAUCAUGGUGUACUGCGAGAUGAACGUGACGGACGGGGGCUGGACGGUCAUCCAGAGGAACAGCCACAACACAGACAUCACCUGGGCCGAGUCCUGGAGCACCUACAAGUACGGCUUUGGGAACGUGCGCGGCGACUACUGGCUGGGCACCGAGUACAUCCACCAGAUCGCCAAGCAGAAGGUCUACCAGGUCAGGUUCGUCAUCCACGAUGCCUCCAACAACGUCAGGUUCGCAGACUACAACCUCUUCAGUCUGGACGAUGAGGCCCAGGGCUACCGGCUGCGGCUGGGCUCCUACGCGGGCACAGCAGGGGAUGCCAUGGACUCGGACAAUCCCAGUAACAUGCACAACAACAUGAAAUUCUCCACCAAAGAUCGGGAUCAGGACACUUCAAGGAAGAACUGUGCGUCCCGCUCUGGGGGCGGGUGGUGGUACUCAGCGUGUUAUUCCGUGCGGCUGAAUAUCAAGGGCGGCCUGACGUGGGGCAGCCUGUGCAAAGGGGACUGCAAAUCCUCCCUCAUCCUCAUCAGACCAGCUCCAUAUAGAUAGCGUCCCUUCCUCAGCAGAUGCAGCCAGGCCAGGGCUCUGCCGCACCGCUCGUUGCUGGCUGGGAUUCUGGGUGUGAGUAGGGUGUUCCUUUAUACCAAGAGCUGUUUUCCUUUCCUCUUUUCCUGGAUAUCAGCUGAUGAAUGUCUGUGGCCCAUCACCUGUGGUGGGUUUUUAGGACCAUCAUUAGAACAAGACGUUGUAAACGUUUUGGUAUUCCUGUCCCAGCAAGGGCUCAUUCUUUCUGCUCUGCGGUUACAGCUGAAGGCCACAGACUUCAGCAGAGAAAUCUCAUUCAUUGCCAGCUAACCCAACCUGAGCUGCUCCACACCCGGGCAGGAUGCACAGAUGCUGCAGCCGGUGCUCAUCCUGCAGAAUAAAACUGCUUUCAGAACCAGCACAGACGUGUGGAAAUGUCCUUCAUCUGCUGCCUGCUAUUAGCCAGGAGCAGACAUGAGGCUCCUGUUUCAGAAAUCAGAGGGGAAUAUUUUUGACGAAACAAAUGGGGAAUUAAUGAGAAAACUUGCACUUAAAGAAGGGGGUUGGGUUUCAAAGUGUGGAUCUUUCCAAAAGGGAACGCAGAACCAUGCAGCUUAAAACGAGCUGAGAACGAUGGCGCGUUUCCCCCGCUCCCCCCCCUCCUUCCUGCCUGACCGUUGCACCGUCAGCCUUUUUCCGGCAGGGGUGACCGCAAUCCCGGCUGUUUCCAGCCCAGCUGAUGGAGAAACCGGCGCUGCGCUCAGCGGCAGCUGUGCCAGCAGCGGACUGACGGCGGUGCCGAACGCUAUCUGAUUUAAGCGAGAUUCCGGGACGCCUAACACCGAGCUCAGAACUAAAUUACUAUCCGAUAUGGCUACAGCCAGUCAUCGUACCCUACAAUCAGUAAACAGACCAGAGUCCUCCCGCUCCCCUGUACCAAAACAGAACGUAUGGCUGCAUCUCCCCUUGAGUAGGGGAGACUCUCAAGGUCACACCUGCUGCAGGAAUUCUUUGUCACGCAAUCCCAGAAUUACAGGGGCUGGGAGGGACCUCUGGGGCUCCCCCGGUCCAAAUCCCUCGAAGCAAUUCCCUGCAGUACGUUGCUCAAUGCAUUCCUGUUGUUCUCUCACAGAUAGAGCAACUCCACUGCCUCGGUUCAUAAUGGCGUUGCCUUUAUGGACCCUGUCCCCCAGGUCCUCCAGUUUAAAGCCUGCCACGCUGGGUUGGCCAGCCUGCUGCCGUGGAUUGCCCGGCCCCUUCUGGACAGGUGGAUCCCACCCCUCCCAGGCAGGUUGUAAUCUUCACAAAAAGUCCCACUGUUGCAAAAACCAAAACCCUCACACCAACACCAGCUGCGCAGCCAGAUGAUGUGCAUUACACAUCUAUUUCAGGCUUCUCUCUUUCUUUCAGCUGACAAAACUGAGAAGAUAAUGUGGGCUCUAACAUUUUCCAAUUGUACUCACAGGGCUUUAUAGUCUUUGAUUCUGCCCAUGUUCUGUCUUCCACUGUUGUUUGUGCCCACAGAAAAGAGCAGCAGCAGAUAGCAGUCUUUGCAGCAUCUCCUUACACUUGCUGCAGCAAUUUCUUGUGCCUUGGUGUUAAGAGGCUCUGCCAAAACAAAUGCUUAGUAAGUGACUAACAGUUGAGCUGUGUUGUCUUUGCUAAGGUUAUGUCUUAGAUUGAUUGUGAGUAUAUCAUCCCUCAGACAGAAACCACUGACUAACGCAGGGUUCCUUGCCUCCAUGGUUCAAGGGAUGCAGGAACCAGGGGGUCUGCUCUGCUCUGAGCACCAUAGCCCAAUGGAAAGGUCACAGACAUAAACCCAAUCUGGGACUGGGUUUGGAACCAGCCACACCUAGAUUCCUCUAACAAGGAAUUGAGAAAGCAAGAGGGUCUGCUC